AUGCAUCUAAUGUUUACAUAUUUCAUACAUUUUGCGUCACCCGAAUUUACACAAUUGGGAACAUUGGGUGGUGGUAUUCUCAAGUGGUAUAAAUACCAUCACCAGGACUCAGUCAGCAGUGCAGUCGGUGCUCAUACAAUCAUGAAAUCUUUUGUAUUGGUCGCUCUUUUCGCCACAGCAGCGCUGGCUGCACCCCAAACGCCUACAGAGCCUAUCCCUAUAGUUCGUCAGGAUUCCUCCAUCAACGGCGACGGCUCCUACCAAUACUCGUUCGAGACCGGCAACGGCAUCAGCGCUGACCAGAAGGGAGAGCUGAAGAAGGUGGGCGAAGUGGACGCGCUCGAGGUCCAGGGGCAGUUCAAGUACCCCGGCGACAACGGUGACAUCCAGUUGACGUACACCGCUGACGAGAACGGCUACCAUCCCCAGGGGGACCACCUCCCCACCGCUCCACCGGUGCCAGAAGCCAUCCAGCGCGCCCUCGACUACCUCGCCACCGCGCCGCCCCAGCCUGAGAACCAACAGUAG